AUGAGACGUUCCCACGUCAGCAUUAUCCGGAUCGGGGAAUUGGGCGGUUGGCUGCUUCCGCUGCCGCUGCCGCUGCCGCAGCCAAGGGCGGCGACGAAGAAGAAGAAGAGGACAGGGAGGAGGAGGGCGCCGGAAAACCAUUCUCCGUCUCCGUCUAGCGCCAUGGCCGCCUCCGCAGCCACCUUGGCCUUCACGUCGCCGUCGGCUCCGGUGGAAGGAAGGAACCUCUCCACCCGCCCUCUGCUUCCGGCGUCGCAUCGCGUGAUUUUGCCCUCGUUCCGGAGGUCCUACUGUGAGUCGUCUCGGUUCCAUUGCUCACCGUGGUAGAGCUAACCAGCAUGUAAUGCCGGUGCCUCGCUGCCUCAAUCCAAUCGUUUCCAGGUUCUGAUCAGUGCGAUUGGAUGUGUACUGCCGUCCAUCUGAACGGUCCCCUGGCUUUUGCAAUGACCUAGCGCUCUGUAGUUUCCACGGCCUCACACCUUGCUUCCGUUUUCACCGCUCCAUCCUGCGCAACGCCCUUUCCCAUCUAUCUUUCGCUUAUCUUCUGGAUCACAGAUUUUGGUCUUACACGGGGAAAACCUAUCUGUUGAUUUGCAUUUUCGCAAGUGUUGACAUCCAUUCCCAUGAGAUUCGAUUCGAUUCCCCCAAAAGUAAGACAAUUGGUUUCAGGUACCGUUUCCUCUCUCUGAAGCUAUCCAUCCGUCUCCUCAUUGUCUUGGGCAAACAUGUUCAUCGGUCCCUCUACGGAUCCCGCUAUUUUUUUUUUGAAUCAACUUGGUUUUCCCCAAGCUAGUUAGUCUCAAAGCAAUAAUACCUGUCGUCUUCAUCCCGAUUAAUGUCAUUUCCAGGCCGUAGGGCUGCGCGCCAUGUCAUUGCAAUGGCCUCCGAUGAGUCCCUGACCAGAACAAGAAGUGCUGCCGGAGAGGGGCCUGGCGAAGGCUCCACUGAUUUGCCAGAUGUUGUGAUUACCUUACAAGAUACGGUACCGUGCAAUUUCCUCUGCCCCCGCAUUUUUUGUCAUACUCUCAACUGAUCCCACAUUCAAAGCGUAUGAAUGCGAGGCGUUGACUCCAAAUGUUUCCCAUUUUUCUUUCGAUGAUACAGUGGAACAAAGUUGAGGAUAAGUAUGCAAUCGCCAUACUUGCGUUUUCUGGAGUUGUUGCCCUGUGGGUCUCCACAGGGAUGGUCUCGGUAAUCCAUUCGGACUUGGAUGAAAGAUCUUGGAUCAAUUCCUCUUGCCAGCGUUGUGUUCUUCUCGUCACUAUCUCCAGCAACAGCAACGCCUCCUCAUGAUCGUGUUGUGUUUUUUCACAGGCAAUUGACAGGCUUCCUGUGCUUCCAGGUGUUCUUGAGCUAGUUGGGAUUGGUUACACGGGGGUAAGUCUGGUUUCUUCAUCUUUUCAUCUCGUUCUUCAAUUAUUCAUAAUUUUCUGCUGUGUUAGAACGCAUGGUUUUGUUGCUCAUUUUAUUCACGAGUAAAUCUCCAUUUGAAAUGGGGCCCUAAUGCGAAGAUCUAGAGGUCAAACGUAGACACCCACUGACAUGCCAAAGUCAACCCCAGAAAACAUUGAAUAACCAGGCAUGAGGAGAAUAAAAUGGGUUGCGAAUAUGUGGAAUAAAAUGAAUGCAUAUAAACAAGUCAAAUCUUGUCCCUGAAGUCUGAACUGGUUUGAAAGCUUUCUCUCGUGAGGACUCCCCCAGAGAGGGCCUUUCUAAAGCAAUGUCAACGCUCCCCAACAUGCACUUGUCUAGCUUGGGCUGCUGUAAAGACUUAGAUUUCUUCUGUGCUGAUAUCUUCUUGCUUCCUUUUCUUGCAGUGGUUCGUGUACCAGAACUUAGUCUUCAAGCCGGACAGGUGCCACCACCCUUAAUAUCUCAUUUAUUAGCUCCUUUUUCUUCCCUGAUUAAUUGCUAAAAAUCUUAUUUAUUAUGUCAGGAUUUUUUUUCUCUUAAUUAUAAACUUAACCAUCAUCAGUGGCUCCAUAGCUCGUUCUUCCAGUGGACUGGGCCUAUUACCAUAGCUGGGUAUGAGUUGGGAAUCCAACUCCAUAUCUAGCCUUUGAUCGAGCUUUUGAGACCUAAAAUCUACAUAAUUCUUCGUUAUCUUCGUCUUCUUUUCUGAUCACCGCUGGUAAUCACUGGGGUGACCUUCCAUCUUCCUAUCUUGUUCAGGGAAGCUCUGCUAGAGAAAAUCAAGGGCGCCUACAAUGACAUAACUGGUAGCAAAUGA